AAUGUCAUCGGAAAUAACAAAAUCGAUUUCAGCAAGCAACUUAUUCUGACGGCAGAUCGCAAAAAUAAAAGAAAGGUUUUUUUUUAUAAUAUUUGGUGAAAAAAAGUGUUCGCUUUAAAAAAACUAUUUUUCUAAAGUGCAGAUCGCUGAAAAUGAGUCGUUGGGAUCAAAGAACAGAAGGACACUCACGCUCCCGCAGGGACGGUCCCAGAGAACGUUCCCGGAGCAGGAGUAGAUCUCGUAGUCGGUCGUCUUCGCCAGUUGAACGGCGGCUGCGAGAGUUAGAUGAGGACCGCCGCCGCAAAGAACGAUUGUUGAAGGACAAUACGGUGCGCCAUGUUCCCGGCACCGGUAAUCGAGAAGAUAGCGGCAGCUCCAGUGGUGACUCCGACAACGUUUGUCCUUUUCAAGGUUUGCAAUCUGAGACAUCUAUGCCAAAAAUAGGGUUUAGCUUCCAGAAGCCUUCCAGCAAUGCCAAGACUAGCUCCGGUACCCUAGCUACCAGUUUCAAACUGCAGAAGUCUAAACCGGUGGCCAUUCAAAUGAAACUGGGGACGGCACCCAAAAAGGAAACGCCCAAACUGAUGAAACCGGUGGCGAACGCUUUUGCCGGAUCUGAUAGCGACGAAGAACCGGAGGAAAUGCCUGCCGAAUGUCGGAUGAGGAUGCGGAACAUUGGCCGCGAUACGCCAACUUCGUCCGGGCCAAACUCUUUCGGUAAGACCAAACAUGGUUUCUGCGAUUCCAAGAAAAUAUUCGAAAAAAAGUUGAACACUAUGACUGAUAGUUAGAUUGGGAUCGCCUCGUCCUAUCUAUUGACUGCUGACUAUCUGUUCGAAUUGAGAUUGUACAAUCUUACAUUAGAUACUCGUUUCUUUUGAUAAGACUUGCAUUCUAGCUAUGGCAUUAAAAUAUCAAAUUAGAUGAAAUGUGUUCUUUCAUUGCAAUAGCGCAUACAUGUUUGGUUUUUUCGUGAACUGCGCAUCGAUUAUUCACGUUGAAAUAGUCAAUCUAUUUCGGUAAAGGGUAGGUGUUUCUUGUAUCUGCCUUUGAUUAACAAUAGAAGAAUAUGUUCGAAAACUACAUAAAA